AAUAAAAGCACUAUUUCUAUGGUGCUUUAAUAAACAGUCAUUAAAUUGUGCGCGUGCUCUUUAGCCAGGUACCUAAUUAUUGUUAUAUAUAUGAAACUAGCAGUGCUGGUUGUUUUUUCGUUUGUUUAUUUGUUUUUUUAUGUGCAGCCUUGUGUUGCGUCCCAAUGUAUCGCUAUACACUUCAUAAGCGCACUAUAUAUGGCACGAAUUGUAGGCUUCAACGCCCUACGUGGUGCGCACUAAAUGUAAAAGGAAGGCAUUUGGGAUUCAGCCUAAAAUUCUUCUGAGAGGCGACUAACAGGAAGUUUUUUAGUAACCUAGCAGCGUUGUUUUGAAGUAAUGCGCUUCCUUAGCAGGAAGACUCAGGCAAUGUGAUCAGCAGCAGGAGAGCUUGAAUCUAGUGGUGCAAAGAUGGCUGACGAGGUGGACUCAGCCCUGGCUGGGGCAAGAUCGGUUGGGAGGUAUGUCAAGCAGAGGUACCGUAGCAGCACACACUCACAAGGGCUGAUGGAUGGGCUUCUGGCUCUGCGUGAAGGACGAAUACUAUUUGAUGUGGUGCUGCUGGUGGAGGGGAAACCUGUUGAAGCUCACCGCAUCCUCCUGGCUGCUUCCUGUGACUACUUCAGAGGCAUGUUUGCUGGGGGUUUGCGGGAGAUGCAGCAGACUGAGAUCCCCAUUCAUGGAGUCACACACACUGCCAUGACCAAACUGCUAGACUUCAUCUACACGUCUGAGCUGGAGCUGGAUCUGGACACGGUGCAGGAGGUGUUAUGUGCUGCCACACUCCUGCAGGUCCAGGAUGUGAUUGGCUUCUGUUGUGAGUUCCUCUUCUCCUGGCUGGACAACGAUAAUAUCCUGGAGGUGGAGAAGCUGGCCGACACCUACGGGCUGGAGCAGCUUAGCGAGAACGUGUACUCGUACCUCCUGAAGAACAUCCAGACCUUCUCACACACACCUCUAUACCGCCAGCUCCCGGCUGAGAAGGUGCUGCAUGUGCUGUCGAGUGAUGAGCUGGAGGUGAGCUCAGAGAGCGAGGUGUUCGAGGCAGCACUGCACUAUUACUACAGCCCUGAGCAGGUGGAGAAGGAUCAAGUGUGCCUGCAGGAGCCCAUGCGCAUGAUGGAUGCUGUGCGGUUCUGUCUCAUGGAGCAAGCCGCCCUGCAGCAAAUCUAUGGCCGUCUGCAGCCAAGCCAGCUGCGUAACACCGUCUCCUUUGCCCUGUGCUACCACAGCAACAAACUUUGGCAGCCAGUCAUGCAGAGCCCGUUGAGCCAGCCACGCUCCAACUGCCACUGCAUUCUGGGGUUCGGAGGCAUGUUCUCGUCUGGCAUGCUGGCCGACAACGACGAACGAUUCCAGGUGUUCCACUUAUCCUGGGGAGAGUGGCGCAACCUCGGGGCGGAUGGUGCACCCCGCAUGUCCAACAUGGGCAUCGCGUUGCUGAAUAACUUUGUUUACCUGGUGGGUGGAGACAACAACACAAGCGGGUUCAGAGCUGAGUCACGGUGCUGGAGAUACGAUCCUCGACACAACUCCUGGUGUGAUAUUGAAUCUCUUCAGCAGCAGCAUGCUGACCACUGUGUGUGUGUGGCGAAUGGCUACAUCUACGCCAUAGGAGGUCGUGACUACACCACCGAGCUGGAAUGUGUGGAGCGCUAUAAUCCUCAAACGAACACCUGGGAGUAUGUGGCUCCACUCAAACGUGAGGUGUACGCCCAUGCUGGAGCAGUGGUUGAUGGGAAGAUCUACAUCGCUUGUGGCCGGCGUGGGAUGGCCUACCUGAAGGAGACCUACUGCUACGACCCUUGUGCCAACCAGUGGAGCGCGUGUGCUGAGGGCCCUGUGGAGCGAGCUUGGCACGGGAUGGCGGUGUAUGGAGGGCGUGCUUACGUCGUCGGUGGAAGCAAUGAUGGCUGCGGCUACAGACGGGAUGUUCUGAAGGUGGCGUGCUAUAACCCGGCUGAAGAUUCCUGGUCUGUGGUGUGUCCUCUGCCAGCGGGGCAUGGUGAGCCUGGCAUGGCUGUGCUAGAUGGGCGGAUCUACGUGUUGGGUGGGAGGUCACAUGACAAAGGCAGCCGCAUGAAGUAUGUGCAUGUCUACGAUCCUGAGGAUGACUGCUGGGAGAGCGGCGCUCCUCUGGACAGCCGAGUGUCGGGCCUGUCUGCCUGCGUGGCACUGAUGCCUAGAAACACACUCUCGCAGGCUCGCAGCACCACACGCCGAGCCAAAAUAUCAUGGGAGGCAGUGGACUGGGAUGAUUCGGACCACUCCAGCGAGGAUGGCUGAGGCAGGUUUUAGAAUCAGUAAUCUCACAGUCUCAAUAACUGACUGUGUGUUGGUGGGAUGUUACCUCCUUUUCCAAAGCCAUGCCGUGAGUACCUGCUGGUGUGUACUUUAGGGGUGGGUAAUGUGGCAAACAUAUCAUAUCACAAUACUUACAGGCACAACCAGGUUACACAAUAUUUAGGUUUGCUAACAUAAUUUCAGCCAAAAUGUCAUUUAUAAACCUGCUGUACUCAAUAAUGUAGCUAAUAUUUUAUGUAACAGUAACAAAAAUGAAUUCUGUACAAACUAAAUGAAAUAAUCAAUACAUGAAUUAGAUUUUAAUCUCCAGCAACAAUAAUCCUGUAAAUGAAAUAAUCCUGUACCACAGUGCUGUUAAAUUUUCCAUUCUCAUUGGUCAGAAGGUGUUGAUUAACUUUCUAUAACAACAGCUGACAGCAACAGUAAUUCCUGUUGUAAUUCAAAACACAGGUUUACAUUAAUGCGCUUGUUCUAGGACAUUAUCAUUUCUAUAGUAACAGCUUACGCAGGGACUUGUCUGACAGACGUUGCACGCAGAAACGUGUACUCUGUUGAUGUGGUGAAGUUUUCUAUUUAUUUCGUUUAUUGUUAUUUAGAUGUUCUUAUUAACUUCGAGAGAAAAAUGGAGGCUUCUUCUUUAAACACAAGCAAAAUGAUCGUACAUUUGUGUUAUUCACAGCAUUAUGUAUGAGGUAAGGAUGUGAAGUCUGCAUUUUCAUUGUUUUGUUUUUCUGAUCUGCAUACAGGUAAAUUGCAUGACACAUUUUAUUUCCUGAUUCUCUUAUGUUGAUGCAUAAUUAUGUAUCAUUGUGAUUUUCUGUUGUGUCCAAAACUUCACCGGCAGUAACUUUAUGAGAAUGUUUUAAUGCAGUUAUGAUGAAACUGCUUUACAUGCAGUUUGUUUUUUGCACUGACUCUGACUUUCGCCUUCCUUCUUCACUGAAUUUUCAGUUUCUUGUAGAUUUUUUAGUCUGAGGGUUGCACAAAGAAAUUAUUUACGAAACGUAGAAGAAACAUAGAUACCUUAACUAGAGUUAAGGUUUUUUUAAUUGAUCUCUUAAAAUUUUUGCCUUUCCAAAGCGUUGCUGCAAGUCACUUGUCUAAGAGACCGUUAAUCUGGAUAAAGAGUUGAAAGUUUGCAUUGUUUCAUGUGGCUCAUAAGAAUGAAAAAGGAACUAACUAUGCAUGUACAUAAAGGUUAUAGUCUGUGGGCUUAAACAGAGAGACUGCAGAAGGUGGAGCUUUUCUGGUUGUAAAUAAAAUAAACUGUUCAGCACUGAAAA